CCGAGUAACAAGAAGAAAAAAAAAAGAAAUUACCCAAUCCCGGAAAAAAUUGCUUCAGUGACCUAAAAAGAAAAGAAUUUUUCGAAAAGAAAAAAAAAUAAGAAAAAAAACUUACCGGAUUCUCAAAAUAAAUCACACAAAUGGAAGAACAAAGUGCUUUCGUCAAGGAUUUGUACGACUUGUACGAGAAAGGUGAAUGGCGUAAAAUUCUCAAGCUCGGGCAAAGUAAUGCCACGGAAGAAACGAAAAAAUACCAUUGGUGCUGGCCAUACGAGCAAGAUCUGAAAGACCUCAAAUACGAAUUAGACAAAUUAGGUGUUAAGAGUUUGUGUAGUAUAGGAUGCGGUACGGGAAUUCUCGAAUGGUGUCUCAACAAAUGCACAGGCAUGGAAGUGAAAGGCAUCGAAGUUGAUGAAUUCUAUUGGACAAAUUUUACGACGACAAAGCCUUUCAUCGACCUAAAAAUCUGCAAGAGACGCCUUUCGAACUCCCCCCUCAACAAUUUACUGACCAAAAAACGGGACGAAGCCCUCUUAUUUUGCUAUUUUAACAAUGCCGACGCCUUCAAGAGUUACAUAAAGUACUUUUACGGCGACUACGUGAUAAUUAUCGGACCUCCGCUCUCGUCAAAGACAAAGAGAAGUACGCCGAUGCCUGAAACGCCCAACUUUGAGAAUCCAUGGUUAUGGUACAAAGUGUACACGAAGCAAUUUGGUCGGGAUAAGGAUUUGUUGGUGAUUUGGAAGUACAAUCCAAGCGCCGCAAAGCCACAAACGAAACAGGGAUAGAGAAAUUUUCGCUGGUUUCUGAAACCUGAGAUGUUACCUGAAUAGAUUUUUAAGACUUGCAAUAAAAAUGACGAUUG